UCUAUGUCAUGUGUGGUGUGCGUGUGUGUGUGUCUGUGUGUGAGAGAGAGAGGGAUGCGUUACUGUGAACUUGGGUGACUUGUAUCGAUUUGAUUUCUGUAAGAGAUUGAAAAAUGGAGGCAAACGCAGGACUGGUUGCCGGAUCUUACAAGAGGAACGAGCUUGUUCGAAUUCUCCACGAUUCAGAUGGCGGGCAGCCAAAGCCUCUAAGAGAAAUAAACGGACAGAUAUGUCAGAUAUGCGGUGAUACAGUCGGCAAGUCUGCGACAAACGGCGACGCAUUCUUCGUUGCCUGUAAUGAAUGUGGUUUCCCAGUUUGUCGCCCUUGUUACGAGUACGAAAGGAAAGAUGGAAACCAAUGCUGUCCUCAGUGCAAGACCAGAUACAAAAGACACAAAGGCAGUCCUCGAGUUGAAGGAGACGAAGAAGAGGACGAUGUUGACGAUUUGGAAAACGAGUUCAAUUACUACGGGAAGAAGAUCAAGAUCAAGAGCAAGGCAAGGCAUUGGCAAGAAGAGGAUGCUAAUGAGAUAUCUUCUUCGUCUAGACAUCAUGAAUCUCAACCUAUACCUCAUUUCAUUCGCGAUCACUCGAAUCAGGUAUCUGGUGAGAUUCCCAUCAUUACCCCCGAUAAUCAAUCUAUAAGGACUACAUCAGGCCCCUUAGGCCCUGGAGAGAAAUCCCUUCCCUAUAUCGAUCCCAGGCAACCCGUUGCUGUGAGAAUUGUUGACCCUUCCAAGGACUUGAAUUCUUACGGGCUUGGGAAUGUGGAUUGGAAGGAAAGGGUUGAAGGUUGGAAGCUCAAACAGGAGAAAAAUAUGGUGCAAAUGACUAGUAGAUAUGCUGACGGGAAAGGAGAUAUUGAAGGCACAGGAUCAAAUGGGGAAGAACUUCAAAUGGCUGCUGAUGAUAUCCGACAACCCAUGAGCCGAAUCGUGCCAAUUUCUUCUACACAGCUCACCCCUUACCGAGUUAUUAUCAUACUUCGGUUAAUUAUCCUCGGUUUCUUCUUGCAAUACCGAUGUACUCAUCCCGUGACCGAUGCUUAUCCAUUAUGGCUUACUUCGGUCAUUUGUGAAGUUUGGUUUGCAUUGUCAUGGCUGCUUGAUCAGUUCCCUAAAUGGUCGCCUAUCAACCGCGAGACUUAUCUCGACAGACUUGCCAUUAGAUACGACAGGGAAGGGGAGCCUUCCCAAUUGGCGCCAAUAGACGUAUUUGUUAGUACUGUCGAUCCUUUGAAAGAGCCUCCCCUUGUGACAGCCAACACUGUUUUGUCUAUCCUGGCUGUGGAUUACCCUGUUGAUAAAGUCUCUUGCUAUGUUUCUGACGAUGGUUCCGCAAUGUUGACAUUUGAAGCUCUAUCAGAGACGGCUGAGUUCGCUAAGAAAUGGGUACCGUUCUGUAAGAAACAUAGUAUUGAGCCUAGAGCACCCGAAUUUUAUUUUGCUCAAAAGAUUGAUUAUUUGAAGGACAAGGUUCAGCCUUCGUUCGUCAAAGAGCGUCGAGCCAUGAAGAGGGAAUAUGAAGAAUUUAAGGUUAGGACAAAUGGGCUUGUAGCGAAAGCGCAAAAAAUGCCGGAAGAAGGUUGGACGAUGCAAGAUGGAACUCCAUGGCCUGGAAAUAACCCCAGAGAUCAUCCUGGAAUGAUUCAGGUUUUCUUAGGCCACAGUGGGGGUUUAGAUACGGAUGGAAAUGAGUUACCACGGCUGGUUUACGUUUCUCGUGAGAAACGUCCUGGAUUUCAACAUCACAAGAAAGCCGGUGCAAUGAAUGCUUUGAUCAGAGUAUCGGCCGUGCUGACUAAUGGUGCGUAUCUGCUAAACGUGGAUUGUGAUCAUUACUUCAACAACAGUAAAUGUCUAAAAGAGGCAAUGUGUUUCAUGAUGGAUCCACUCCUUGGAAAGAAAACAUGUUACGUUCAGUUCCCACAACGGUUUGAUGGUAUUGACUUGCACGAUCGAUACGCUAACCGUAACAUAGUCUUCUUCGAUAUCAACUUGAAAGGUCUGGACGGCAUUCAGGGCCCUGUUUAUGUGGGUACGGGUUGUUGUUUCAACAGACAGGCGCUAUACGGGUAUGAUCCAGUCUUAAGCGAGGAAGAUCUAGAGCCGAAUAUCAUCAUCAAGAGUUGUUGUGGCUCGAGGAAAAAGGGUAAAGGUAGCAACAAGAAGUACAUUGACAAAAACCGAGCAUUAAAGCGAACUGAAUCAAGCAUUCCCAUUUUCAAUAUGGAUGAUGACAUUGAAGAAGGCGGGGAAGGUUAUGAGGAUGAGAGAUCGAUUCUCAUGACACAGAAGAGUUUCGAAAAGCGGUUCGGUCAAUCACCGGUUUUUAUUGCCGCCACUUUUAUGGAACAAGGCGGGCUUCCACCGUCCACAAACUCUGCAACCCUUUUGAAAGAAGCAAUCCAUGUUAUUAGCUGUGGGUACGAGGACAAGACUGAAUGGGGAAAAGAGAUUGGAUGGAUCUAUGGCUCUGUAACAGAAGAUAUCUUGACUGGAUUCAAGAUGCAUACAAGAGGAUGGAUAUCAAUCUACUGCAUGCCCCCACGCCCUGCAUUCAAAGGAUCUGCACCCAUUAAUCUUUCUGAUCGUUUGAACCAGGUCCUACGAUGGGCGCUUGGAUCCAUUGAGAUUCUUUUGAGUAGACAUUGCCCCAUUUGGUACGGCUACAGCGGAAGACUCAAGUUCUUGGAGAGAUUAGCUUAUAUCAAUACUAUUGUUUAUCCGGUCACCUCAAUUCCUUUACUAGCUUACUGCACUCUUCCUGCUAUCUGUCUUCUCACCGGAAAGUUCAUCGUUCCUGAGAUAAGCAAUUACGCAAGUAUCUGGUUCAUUCUUCUCUUCGUGUCUAUUUUCACGACUGGAAUAUUAGAGCUAAGAUGGAGCGGGGUCAGCCUAGAGGACUGGUGGAGAAACGAACAGUUCUGGGUUAUUGGUGGAACAUCGGCUCAUCUAUUUGCUGUCUUCCAAGGUUUACUAAAAGUGCUUGCCGGAAUCGACACCAAUUUCACGGUGACGUCAAAGGCGACGGACGAAGAUGGGGACUUUGCCGAGCUUUAUGUUUUCAAGUGGACUUCCCUUCUGAUUCCUCCGACGACAAUUCUGGUUGUAAACAUUGUGGGUAUAGUGGCGGGGGUUUCAUUCGCUAUCAACAGUGGAUACCAAUCGUGGGGACCGCUGUUCGGAAGGUUGUUCUUUGCGAUAUGGGUGAUUGUCCAUUUGUAUCCUUUCCUUAAGGGUUUGUUGGGACGGCAGAACAGGACGCCGACGAUUGUUAUUGUUUGGUCUGUACUAUUGGCUUCGAUAUUCUCUCUUUUGUGGGUGCGUAUUGAUCCGUUUACGUCGGAUGCAACAAAAACUCAGGGACUAUGUGGUAUUGAUUGCUGAGAUUGAACGGGGUGUCUGUUGUUGUACCUGUAGAAGACUGUAGUGAGUAAAAUAGACGACCGACAGAGUGAAGAAGCCAAGAGGGAGGCCAAAAAAGUGUCAUAUAUAUUUAGAGGAAUUACAAUAUGGAAUUCAGAUUUAUUUCAUUUUUUAAGUUAUAAAUUAUGACCUCUCACUUUUUAUGCAAGCAAGAGGACAUUACUAUUAUUAACAUUUUACAUCUCUGAAUUAGGUUUCAUCUUUUAAAUUCAAAUACCCAUGCUAUAAUCAUUUUCAAACAUCUUUA